CCAAAAAAAAACCGUCAUGGGUAAUAUGGGAACAAAAUCUCAAUCUUUUAAAAUAAAGGCACGAAAAUAGACUGCACCAUAUUUACAGUCUUCGAAGUUCAAAGCCUUAGAAAAAGGGCAAAAAAAUUUUCCCGGCCAGAGAAUCUCUGCAAGAAAGAUAAAAGCCUCCAAAACCUCAGGCCCCCACUCCCUCUCUUCCUUCUCUCUCUUUCUCACAGAAACCCGCAACAGCCUAUCACAAGCCCAUCUCUACCUCCAUCUCAGCGGCUAUGGAUAUCCCAGAAAAGCUUUUGAAGUUCAAGGUGCAUAUCUUAAUUGGGGCCAUUUUAAGCCUUUUACUUAUUUUUCUGGUCUAUCUCGCACCCAGUUUCCUAGAUAUUCUCAAGUACUUUUGGCCCCUUUUGGUCUCAACGGCUCUUUUCCUGGUGGCCAUAGUGGUGUUUGGCCGGAUUUCUCCGCCGCCUCCGGAGGCUUCGGUUGAAAAAGCCGGUGAAGGGAUUUUAGAUUACGUGGCUGGCGAGCCAGAUAAUCUCCAAACCCAAGUAGAUGAACAUGAUUCAGCAGAGGAGGCAGCCGUAUCAGCACCAGCAUCAGCAGCAGCAGCAGCAAAAGGAAAAGGAAUAGCAGAAAAUGAUGACGAGUAAAAAGCAUGGUGUAGUAACUGCAUAAAUCAAUUGCUAGUUUCUAACGUUUCUCUCUUUCCUUGGAUUUUUCUCUCUCUCUCUCUCUCUCUCGACAUUAUUAUUGUUUGUAGUUUAAGGAGAUCAAGGACUUUGACAGGUUGGGAAUUGUAUAUUGCAGAAAUUAAAUAAAUGUCGUUCAGAUCACUCUUGCUGCUU